UCCUGAACAUUUUUUUUUUAAAAAAAAAUCUUUCCGCCGGCUGUCUGUUGGGGUUGAUGGCGAAAGAAGAGCUCUUCUUUGGCUUUGCGCGGUUGUUGUUCGUGGCGUGGGUGCCAAUUCGGUUUCCCGUUCCUUCUCUUCUCUGCAUUUGAAGAAAUCUUUUAGGUCAGUUUUGGUGCGAUUUUUCGGUGAAGAAAAUGCCGCCGUGUGGAAACUGCACCCACCUUUUUCGCGCUUGCAGUUACUAAGUACCACCUUAGGGUCCGUUCGUUUUGCACCCAAUCCAUGUGGAUUGGAGUGGAUUGAGUUGGAUUUAAUCCCAAGCAAGUCAAAAUUCUUCCCAAUUAUUUCUAAUCCCAUCCAAUCCAUAUGAGUUGGGAAUAACCGAGUCAGUCGUCACCGACCUUCUCCUCGUCGUAGCUGUUGCGGCCUCUCGGAGGAAUUUUGUGCGGAGAAAGAUGGCAUGGAAGCCAUUCGCUUUUCCCACGAACGGAGCAGUUGUUGCUUGAAACGUUCUGUUUGGAUUCUUCGAUCUUUCCCAACGCCGGGUUCGUGCACAUCAUAUAGGUCGGGCACUGGAGGAGUUGCGAAGCUCGUUGUACAAUGAAAUGCAUAGCGCAGAAGGUGCUAAGCGCCAGCAGCAGCGAUUCUGUGGACCAAGUGUUGCAUUGACAUUCAAUUUUGCUGUUGCUGUUGGGAUUAUCAUGGCAAACAAAAUGGUGAUGGGGACUGUUGGAUUUAAAUUUCCAAUUGCACUCUCAUUAAUUCAUUAUGCAGUUGCAUUUGUUCUAAUGGCCACCCUUAAGACAUUAUCCUUGUUACCAGUUGCCCCGCCAUCGAAAUCCACUCCUUUCUCAUCUAUAUUUGCUUUGGGUGCUGUAAUGUCCCUGUCCACUGGGCUAGCCAACGUGAGUUUGAAACAUAACAGUGUAGGUUUCUAUCAAAUGGCUAAGAUUGCUGUAACCCCAACAAUUGUCGUAGCAGAAUUCAUGCUUUUCCAGAAGAAAGUUUCCUCUAAAAAGGCUGUCACACUGGCAGUUGUGUCAUUUGGAGUCGCUGUAGCGACUGUUACCGAUCUGGAGUUCAACUUUUUUGGUGCUUGUGUUGCAUUAGCAUGGAUUGUUCCUAGUGCCGUGAACAAAAUCCUUUGGUCAAGUUUGCAACAGAGUGGAAACUGGACCGCCCUUGCGCUGAUGUGGAAGACAACUCCGAUUACGAUAUUUUUCUUGUUGACAUUGAUGCCUUUGCUGGACCCCCCUGGCCUCUUGUUGUUCAAUUGGAACUUCAGAAACAGCUGCGCUGUUAUCAUCUCUGCAUUGUUCGGUUUCCUUCUUCAGUGGUCUGGUGCUUUGGCACUCGGCGCGACGUCAGCUUUGUCUCAUGUUGUGCUGGGCCAAUUCAAAACGAUCGUCAUCAUGCUCUCCGGCUACCUGAUCUUCGGCUCCGACCCUGGGAUCACCAGCGUCUGCGGUGCCGUGCUCGCACUCGGCGGCAUGUCCUUCUACACCUACCUGGGUCUGAAGAAAGACCCCGCGACCAGCGGCAAAAAAGCACCAUCGAGACAGAACUCCUUCAUGGCGAGACCUAAGGUCGCUGCUGACGACAGUGACGACGCGGAUUCAGAGCAAGAUGAUACUGUAUAGGUUGGCGAAACUGUCAUCUAGGCCACUUAAUGCAAAGAUCAAUCUGAGCUCAGUUAAUUCUCGGUUGGUUGUAAUCUGUCGGUGACCGAGUCCAUUUUUGUACAUAGAUGCUACCUUUAAGCCUUACGGAUUGUCUAUUGCGUAGUGACAAGUAGUUCGAGAGGUAUUGCCCCUAAUUUAUAGCCUGUGAGAUUCGAUUAGCGAUGUACGCAGGAACGGGGAACCCAAGUCAUCUGUUUUUUUAUGUCGAUCAUCAGUUAUUUACAAUGAAAA